AUCACCCGUUGUCUCCGCCUGGAGGCUGCUGCUGUGCGGUCGGUGGCAUGAACAAAUGUCUCUGCCUGGACUCUGCCUUGAUGCUGGUGACCUGGACAGCGGAGUUUGUACACAAUAGCAAUGGCAGAAAUACCCCUUUAUCUAUCCAGCGUCAGUAUAACUGUCACACAUGAUAUGGACUCUGACAAGAGCUCUGGAAAAGAGAAGGAAUAUGAGUGUGUGGAGAUCGGUGAUCUGGACAGAAAAGAGAAGACCCCACGCCGCAUUAUUCAUUUCUCCAGCGGGGAGACCAUGGAAGAAUACAGCACAGAUGAGGAGGAGGAAGACAAAACACAGAACACAAAGAAAGACCUUCUGUCCUCCAUAGACACAUCCAAGCUGGCUUGGGGCCCAUAUGUCUGGUUUCAGAUGUGGAGAGCAGCUACAUCCACUAUAUCUGCUUGUGACUACCUCAGUGAGCGAAUGGCAUCGCUUUUUGGCAUCACAUCAGCUAAAUACCAGUAUGCCUUAGAUGAAUACACCCGGUCAAAGAGGGAGAAGGAAGAGAGAGAUAAAGAUACACGGCUCACUGAAGAGGAAGAGCACCUGUUUGAAGAGCAGAAAAAUGAUGAAGACGAGGAUCCAAAGACUAACAGUUCUCAAGUACAAGUGACCAAUGAGCUGGACCUUCACCCUUCUUUUGCACCAAACACAAUUCACAUCCCUGCUCUUGUUACUAGCACUUAAUUACAAGAAUAGUUUGUCAUAUAAUUGUGGUUUACCCAUAGGCCUCUAUUCUUUAAAGCACUUAUUACCACAGAGACAUAAUCAGGCUCUGGUUUUAAAUAUUAACUUGUGUCUUUGACUACCUUAAUGCACUGAUCCUGGGCCAGUGAAACUAAAAAUACUGAUCAUGGUGCUAAUGAGGAGAUGAGCCAUUUCUUUAGCCUCAGACCAAAAAUGAAUUAUUAAUGAUUUCACUUAAAAUGAUUACACUGAACAUUUUUGUGUUUUUAAUUCACUCUGUACAGUAUGUAAUGUAUGAAUUAUUAUUAGUGUUAUGAAGCAUUUGAUGGACUUGCAUCAAUACAGAGACAUACCUCCCA